AUGGCAGCCCAGCGGGAAGACGGAAAACGGCCUGUGGAAGGAAUGUCUCCCUCCUCGGCCAGCAGUUGGAGCGACCCUUUUGUUGCAGAAGGAGCUGCUGGGCGGAUCUCUUCACGUGGAAGCAGGAACACUGCUGAAUCCGCACGCUGGCGUGUCGGGGAGUCCCGGGAAUGGGGACUGGUGGCGCUGGUGGCCUGUGCUGGGGCUAGAAACCACCCGAGGGAGCGGAGCCUCCUCGGGGAAGCCGAGUCGGCGUGGGGCAGCCCGAGCAAAGCCGUGGCCGCUGCUGCCGCAGCUCGUCCGAGGGUGUUCUCCAGGAAACAUGCAGGCUCAGAUACAGAGCGGUGGUUGAUGCGCUUCUCCCUGCGCCUUCCACCUUCUCCAGUGCCCAGGCUGGAUCUGAAGCUUGAAGAUCGCUCUGUAGUCCCUCGAGAUGUGGUCAGACACAUGAGUUCCAGUGACAGCCAGUGUGGGACUGUAAUUGAUGUCAACAUAGAGUGUGCUGUGAAGCUGGUAGGAACCAACUGUAUCCUCUACCCUGUCAACAGCAAAGACCUGCAACAUAUCUGGCCGUUCAUGUAUGGUGAUUACAUAGCCUAUGACUGCUGGCUGGGCAAGGUCUAUGAUUUGAAGAACCAGGUGAUCCUGAAGCUUUCCAAUGGAGCCAGAUGUUCUAUGAGCACAGAAGAUGGAUCCAAGCUGUAUGAUGUUUGCCCUCACGUCAGUGACUCGGGUCUCUUCUUUGAUGAUUCAUACGGCUUUUAUCCCGGGCAAGUCCUCAUCGGGCCUUCUAAAGUCUUUUCCAGCGUGCAGUGGCUCUCGGGUGUGAAGCCUGUUCUGAGCACAAAAAGCAAGUUCAGGGUGGUGGUGGAAGAGGUACAAGUGGUAGAACUAAAAGUUACUUGGAUCACUAAAAGUUUCUGUCCUGGAGGUACUGACAGUGUGAGCCCUCCACCCUCGGUAAUCAGCCAGGAGAACCUGUCCAGGGUGAAGCGGCUGGGGUGCUUUGACCAUGCCCAAAGACAGCUUGGGGAGAGGUGUCUCUACGUGUUCCCUGACAAGGUGGAACCUGCAAAAAUCACCUGUGAGUGUCCAGAGAGGAACUGCGUCCUGGGUGAAGGAUCGGUCGCCAAAAAGGUGAGGAGGCUGCUCAAGAAGCAGAUAGUGAAGAUCAUGUCAUGCUCCCCAGAGUCUCAGGCUCCUAGUGAAGCCCCUGACAAAGAGUCUGCUGCAGCUGCUGACCAGAAAUCAGAGGAACCUAAGCCUGGAUCCAAGAGUGAGGUGGAGGAGUCUUCCACCACUGCAGCAAGCGCCGGGGAGAAAAAGGAAGAGCAACCUGAAGAAACAGAGAAGGAUAAGGGGGGAGCAGUGAGACAGCAGCAGCCCCCAAAAAAAAAAGUCUGA